GAUACAAAUCUAACUUCUUCAGAGUUAUCAUGAAAUAGCCAUUGCUUCACUUGAGUCUGAGGAGGCCACUUCAUGAUCCCUAUUUAUUGAGUGGCAGAGGACCACUUUUAUGAAACAAAUUUUCUUACCAAGACUAGCAGUAAUUUCUCCCAAAACCAUGAAUUCCAGGAAGCUAAUUUAUGCACUUGGGUUUUUCAAUCUCUGUGUGGCAUGUACAUUCAUUCAAGUAUCAUCUGAAAAUGCUUCUAACUUGAGCAAGUGUUGGUUCCCAGCAAUUUACAACUUUGGGGACUCAAAUUCAGACACAGGAGCUGUUUCUGCAGCAUUCACAGGAGUGAAGCCUCCAAAUGGCAUAAGCUACUUUGGAAGCCUCUCAGGAAGGGCUUCUGAUGGCCGUCUCAUCAUAGAUUUUAUGACUGAAGAGUUGAAGUUGCCAUACCUCAGUGCAUAUUUGGACUCAAUUGGAUCCAAUUACAGGCACGGUGCAAACUUUGCAGUAGGAGGCUCCUCCAUUCGUCCUGGUGGUUAUAGUCCAUUCCCUCUUGGCCUUCAAGUAGCGCAGUUCCUACAGUUCAAGUCUCACACCAACAUUCUCUACAAUCAGCUUUCUGACAGCAGGACAGAACCACCUUUCAAGAGUAGUCUUCCACGGCCUGAGGACUUUUCCAGGGCCCUAUACACCUUUGAUAUUGGACAAAAUGAUCUUGCAUUUGGUCUUCAGCACACUUCACAGGAACAAGUUAUAAAGUCAAUUCCUGAAAUCUUGAACCAGUUCUUCCAAGCAGUUCAGCAACUAUACAAUGAAGAGGCAAGAGUGUUCUGGAUUCACAACACUGGUCCAAUUGGAUGCUUGCCCUACAGUUACAUUUAUUAUGAGCCUAAGAAGGGUAACAUAGAUGCAAAUGGCUGUGUGAAACCUCAGAAUGAUCUUGCUCAGGAAUUUAACAGGCAGCUCAAGGACCAAGUGUUUCAGCUGAGAAGAAAGUUCCCACUUGCCAAAUUUACCUAUGUUGAUGUCUACACUGCCAAAUACGAACUAAUCAGCGAUGCAAGAAACCAAGGUUUUGUGAGUCCAUUAGAGUUCUGUUGUGGUAGUUACUAUGGUUACCACAUAAAUUGUGGGAAGAAAGCCAUAGUAAAUGGAACAGUAUAUGGCAAUCCAUGCAAAAACCCUUCUCAACAUGUUAGUUGGGACGGCAUACACUACUCUCAAGCAGCAAAUCAAUGGGUUGCUAAACGCAUUCUCUAUGGUUCCCUCUCUGAUCCGCCAGUUCCAAUUGGGAAGGCAUGUUUCUCAGUAUAGUUCAUUCAAUUCAUGCAUUAUCAACUUUGUUUAGAUACAAGUUUAGAAGAGUUGUUCUAUUGAAAAAAAAAUUCAUUGUUUUCUAUAAAGAUACUCUAAAAGACUCUUAUAAACUUGUAUCCAAAAUGACUUCUUGUCACUUUACUGAGAUAGAGUACCAUACAUUAUAGGGGUCUUCAUGUUGUUAUUAUAUUUCAAUAAACAAGCAAUCUGUGUAAGAACAAUUGGGGGUGGUGUGCACAUGAGCAAGAGCAUAUCAUAAUUUAUGUUGUGGGGAAAGCUAAUGUAGCUUAAUUUUGGAAAUGUGAGAUCACACUGUAACGGCUCAACACCGGAAAAUGUUUAUAUCUUUAAAGGAUUUGAAGAGAAGAAUUUGUAGUCCAGUCAACUUAAAAUAUUUGGAUUUUA